UCCACCAAAUCCCCUUCUAAACCUCUAGCAGUCUUUCCUUUGAGGGCCAAAAAGCAACAGACUAUAAAUUUUAAUUUGAACACAAGAAAGGAAAGCAUCUUUGUGAUUUCAAUCCAAUGAUCUUUUUUCCAAUAAGAUCUUCAAGUCUUUGAUUGCUUUUUAGUAGAAGAAAGAAGCAGCGGUGAUGCAAAUGUCUACUAAGGAGGUUGUGUAUACCUUAAAAGAUGAUAAACAAGAGCUACAGAAGCAAUUAGGAUGCAUGAAUGGAAUUUUUCAGCUCUUUGACCGACGUUACCUUCUUGGUCAACGCCGCCAUGGCCAUAACCAGAAGAGGUUACCUCCAGGUCAAAGUGACAAUGGUGAAAAAGAGUUCAGCAAUGAAUCAGAGCAAGCUAAGGAAAAGAACCCGAAGGUAGUCACGAAAGAGAAGCACCGAGUCUCUAUCGAAUCAUCAAGAAACUCAUUUUCCUCUUCUAGCUCGUCUACCGCCUUGUCAUCUUUAGAUUGUAGUAAGAGAGUUCAAACAGAACAAUCCUCUUCUUGCCAAAGUGUAGUCUCUGAACCCUAUUCAUCUCCAUCCUUGCACAGAAAACCGCCAGAUUUGUUUAUACAAUCACCUGAUAUCAGGGAUGUAGUCAGAGACUCGAUGACCAGAGAACCUCGAGUGGUAUCGAUUAAAACUGCAGCAAAAGAAGAAAGAGCGGGCCCUGCAAUGAAGUAUGUUGAUUCCCCAAGGCCAUUUCCAUACCAAAAACCCAUUCAAUAUGAUGGAAACAAUCAAAUCGCUAAGCUGAGGGGAAUCCCAUGGGCAGUCAAGGAAGUAAAGGAGAUAUCACGGUUCUCGUGUGACGAAAGGGAAUCACGAUAUCUGUUGAAAUCCAAUAUGAAGGUCAAAGAGCUUCCAAGGUUAUCUUUGGACAGCAAGCAAAGCUUUAUCAGUAAUUCUGUCAAUGAACCAAGAAGAAGCUUGCAAAUAAGACAAAUUCAAGGGGGUGGUGACACAAAGUCCCCCGCAAGCCAAACCCACGAGUCAAGAAGUAAUAAGCGGCCAUCAUCGAGUGUUGUGGCAAGGUUGAUGGGUUUGGAAACUUUAACAGCCUCCAUUGAUGAAAGUGAGGCCUUGAAGACUAAGCCCUGCUUAAGUGAAGAAUUGGUCUCGGACUCAAGAUCAUCAAGAAAGGAAGAAUUAAAGCACGACCGUAAUUCUACUUCACCAAGGGUGGGCAGGAACCAAAUCUCACGUCAAAAGGGAGUCAGUAAUGUAAUUACAAGAAUACCAAUGGAAACAGCACCAUGGAAGCAGGAAGGUAGUGCUCGAGGCUCACAGAAGCCAGUCAAGAAUAAGGAAGCUCAAGCAAAAACUGAAGCUGCUUCCCCUUCAGUUUAUGGUGAGAUAGAGAAACGGUUGACUGAACAUGGGUUUAAAACAGCAGGGAAGGAUCUCAGAGCCCUUAAGCAGAUACUAGAAGCAAUGCAAAAGACAAGAAAGAGGUUAGAAGACAAAGACCAUGCAUUGGACAAUAGCAGCAUUGAUCAUAGGCAGAACCAGAAAAGUGAUCAACCAGUUUCCCCCACCAUCAAGGGGAUUAAUCCUCCUAGGAAACUUGAAUUCCUGAAUGGGAAUGCGAAACCCGCCAAGCUAACUUCAGAUUCCAUCAUGAUAACAGAUAUUCAGACAGUCAAGAAUGCAGAGGCCAAGAAAGAUUCGGUUGGUAGGCAACGGUUAAUAGAUCCAACUCUGAGAGAUAGGAAGGCAACUGGUAGACCACUGUCAAUUUCUAACUUUCCAGAGUACCUGCCUGGAGAGAAAUCCACCAGUUCAAGAUAUUCUGGAACUCUGAGCCCAAGAAUGCAAAGAUCAAAGAACGGUAUAGACAAACCAUCUAUUCAUGGACCAUCAUCUGAUUGGAGCAGGACCAAGAAGCAACCCAGUAUGCAACGCACCCAAUUAGGCUCAACGACCAGACAACUAAAGGCAAAAUCCAUGGAUCCACUGCAAGAGAGUGAGCAACUGUGUGGAUGCAAUAGUAAAAAAAGAAACUUUAGCCAACAGAGUGAUACAGUUUCCUUCCAAUCAGAAAGCAAUAGCCAGGCUUCACAAAAUGAUUCAGAAGUCAUGAGCACCGAGUGGAUCCAAGAGGUCGAUAGCGCAUUUCGGCCGAAGGAAAACCGCAGGGGUAAUAACGCUGAAAGGUUGACUGAAGACAGGCCAAUGGCUGACCAUGCCAAACAUACCAUGGAACAACCCAGUCCUGUCUCUGUUCUUGAUGCAUUCUACACAGAGGACACGCCAUCUCCAGUAAAGAAGAAAUCUAAUGCUUUUAAUGAUGACGAGAAUUUACGCUUUGAAGAACCACAAGAUCACGCAAAGAUCUAUGACUUGGCUAACAGCACAAACCUAGAUCAGUAUUGUGAGUUCAAUAGUGUAAAACUCGCAAACAUAAACAGCCUAGUUCAUAAAAUUGAAUUAUUGAACACCAAUGCUGAAGCUGCUACUGUCAAUCACACUGCAACAUCUCCAUGUAAGAGUGAAACUGGAGAUCAUUAUUACGUGAAGGAGAUACUAUUUGCCUCGGGAUUCUUGAAAGAUCUGGACCGCACCACCACAUUAGUUCAUAUUCCUCUAACAGGAAAUUUGAUCAACCAUGAGUUAUUCCAUGUUUUGGAGAAAACCAAAGGACACACAGAUCUCGCAGAUGAUGAAUACCACAAAAAGAACACGCAUUCAAAAUCCAAUGAGAAAAUCAGAAGAAAAAUGGUAUUUGAUACUGUGAAUGAUGUUCUUGGCCACAAAUUAGCCAUGCUAGGUCCUUUUUGGCCAUGGACCAAUAAACAUAAUGGGAGGAUUCUGAAUGGAGACAAGCUACUGAAAGAACUGUGCUCAGAAAUAGACAGACUCCAAAAUAACUCAGAAACAGGCAUAUAUGAUGAGGAUGAUGAAGUGAUAAACAUCAUAAACGCAGAUGUGAAUAAGAGGUCACAAGCUUGGGAUGAGCACUGUUAUGAGGUUCCAGGUCUAGUGUUGGAUAUAGAGCGUCUGAUUUUUAAAGACUUGGUUAGCGAGGUUGUGAAUGCUCAGAUAACCAGUCUGCAAGAUUGGCCAACGAGGCAUCGUAGGCAAUUGUUUCCCGUGUAGAAGUUAAAUCUUGCUCCCUCUUCCCGUCAUCCUUCUCUUCCCUUUUCUUUAUCUUUUGCUGGCUUUAGAAGCACAACUUUAGAUUAGUGAGUGAAAGCAAGGAUCUGCAAAGCAAAAGUGUAACUUCGAAUGCAUAUAAAGUAUAAUACAAAACUAACUGCAGUUAUGUAUAUAUCCUUUGCUGCAAACUAUUUCCCGCAGUAUAGGUAUGCCCUUGUGAGUUCCCUCAACCGGGUCCAGAAAUAGCUUAUCUAGAGAAGAGAAUCUAUAUGUUCUUCUCACUUUUUAGAUCAAUAAAGAUUUCUCUUUGAAUGGCCAAAACGUACAUACAGAAAUCUUUCUGAACAACAAUGAACAUGCAAAACAAAUGCACAAUUGACGUGAGAUGUAUAUUGAUUUUUCUAGUUAA